AUGACCUCUCACAACGCCCACCUGUCCGCCAAACUCAGCGCCCCUAUGAAGAAAUCCGUCUUUGAGCGGCAAAAGGCAGAGGCGGAAGCCAAGAAAGCCCGCGAACAGGCAGAGACGGCGGCGGUGCUCGAGGAUUUCGUGAAGAGCUUUGACGAUGAUGAAGGCGAGCCCUCUGGCUUCCCGUCGAGGAGGCCCGGUCACGGAGGUGGAGGUGGAGGUGGUGGUGGAGGCGCGGCUCAUGGGCAUAACGCCAACUACGGUCCGGGACCGGGAAAGAGGCAUUUCACAAGCUCGGGACUGAAAAGCGGCCCAGGAAGUCUUGGGCCACCGCCAUCACUGUCGAGGAGCGGUCCAGGCAGCCUCGGGCCCGUCCCGGGUUAUGGCAAGAAGAGGCAUUUCGAUGACUACUCUGGAGGACGGGAUCGAGAUCGCGAGAGAGAGCGGAGAGAUAAGAUGUUUUCCUACGAGGAAGAGAGGAGCAGGAACGGUCGACAGGAUUCCGGCGCGUUUGGUCUGGACGAAGAGGCCAAAGAUGCGGAAGACCUGAUGGCGGCGGCAAAACCAACAUUACAUCUUUCCUCUCUUCCUCCUGGAACCUCACCUGCAGUCAUCAAAUCCCUUUUCGCACCAUCGCCGUUGACGGUCGACAACGUGCGCAUCCUCCCCGCCGCUCCAGGCCCAGGCAGCGAUCGAAGAUCCGUCUCGGCAAUCGUCACUCUUGCUGCUGAGACGCCGGCCACGGAUAUUGACACGACCGUCUCACAUCUGCAGAACAAAUAUCUCGGCUUUGGAUUUAACCUGUCUAUAUCCCGCCAUUUGUCUUCCGCGGCACUGACGGGAGCGGGCUCCCUAAGCAACAACAAGCCCUCGGCCAGCUUGAACAGUCUUCCAUUCGGCGCAAGGCCCAUUCCUCAGCAUACCUCACUCUCUAGAGCUCCCCCACCCGGGCAUCAUGGACCAGGCCGCUUUGCGCCGCCGCCAUCCUAUACAUCCUCGACUCCUUAUGGAGCCAGACCCGCCAACUUCCCUCCUACUCAGGUUACAGUUCAAGCACCCAAUGAUCUCAAGCAACUCCGACUUAUCCACAAAACUGUAGAGGCUUUGUUAACAUUCGGGCCUGAAUUCGAAGCGCUGCUGAUGUCGCGGCCGGAGAUCCAGCGAGACGAGCAAUGGGCUUGGCUAUGGGACUCUCGCUCCGCCGGCGGUGUCUACUAUCGCUGGCGACUAUGGGAAAUUCUCACGAAUUUCAAGGCUCGCAAAGGUCCCCAUGCAGGGCACUACGGUUCACGAGAGCAAGGCGACGUUCUUUUCGAAGGCCAGAGUGUGUGGGUCCCUCCCGACAAUGGCCUCAAGUUCGAGUACGUGACAAAGGUGGAAGACCUCGUCAGCGACGACGACUACAACUCGUCCGACGAAGAGGACAUGGACGAUGGAGGUGGUCUGGCGACACGCUACCGUGACCAUCAGAAAUUGGCGGCCACCACAGCGGACCCGGCACCUGGAAAGGACGGGAUGGGGUACCUGAAUCCUUUGGCUAAGACGAAACUCGUCCACCUGCUGAGUCGACUACCUGAGUCGAAUGCAAAAUUACGCAAAGGCGACGUGGCGCGAGUAACAGGCUUCGCGAUUGAACAUGCGGGCGCGGGUGCCGAGGAGGUCGCUGCUCUUCUCACGCGCAAUGUGAUAAAACCGUUCUGUUACCACGUAAAUAAGAAGAGCCAGUCUCCAAGCUCGGACGAGGAGAAGCCUGGGGAUGACGAAAUGGAGAACGACGGCGACGACCCAAACAAACACAAGGACUCGCCCCAGGAUACCACGCCCGCGUCGCUCGUGGGACUCUAUGUCAUCAGUGACAUCCUUUCGUCCUCUGCUUCUGCCGGAGUUCGACAUGCAUGGCGGUAUCGCUCACUCUUCGAAACUCAGCUGCGGGUGCAGAACGUGUUUCCGAUCCUUGGCCGCGCCGCGCGGGACCUCAACUGGGGAAAGCUGAAAGCCGAAAAAUGGCGGCGCAGUAUCCAGAGCGUUCUGGGCCUGUGGGAGGGAUGGUGCGUGUUUCCAGGGCAGACCCAUGAGGCGUUCGUUGAAGGGUUUCUCAACCCGCCUCUGACCGAGAGGGAGCUCAAAGAGAAAGAGAAGAGAGAGGCAGAAGAGAAGAUGGAGAGAAUGCGCGAAAGGGAGAAGGAGAAGGCCGCUAGUCGUUGGAGGAGUGUUGAGGCCGAUCAGGCGGAAGCCCCGACGGCUGCUGGCGAACCCAUCAAUCGUACACCUUUGCUGAAGCAUGGGAAGUCCAAAGACGAGGACGGCGAUGUGAACAUGGACAUGGAUGGAACGCCCAUGACCGACGAAGAUGAAGACGACAACCUCACCGAUGCCAAUCUUGACGGGGUGCCCAUGGACGACAGUAGCGACGAAGAAGCAGCCACGCAACAAACCGGUACUGGGGGAUAUCAACACCUGGUGCUAGAGGCAUCCGAACAACCGUCUACAGAACCCGGCUUGCGCGAUGAUCCCACCGAGGCGUCAGAAGAGGUGGUGCCCUCCCAGGCCACAGCAGAGAGCACGCCGUCUUCACUGCAUGCAUCCAAGACGCAACCGCCUCCUACAGCUGCAACUGUAGGUCAAGGCCGCAAAUCCCGUCUCAGGGCUGUAGAUUUUGAUGAUAUGUUCGAGUAA